CACACACACACACACACACACACACACGUUGAGGGCAGUUUCAUUUUGCAUGAUCUUUGUCUCAUAUCUUCUCAGGAAAGAUAGCCCUUUCAGAGUUGAAAGUCAGGAAAAGCCUGAGAUUUAUGGACUUGGAAGUGUCUUGUUUUCCAGGACUUCAGCCUUGAGAGCAGCUGAAGGGGUUAAUGUGGGGACUUGGCUGGCUGUCAGUUAAACUUUUUCUUUGGCUCUGCCCUGGGUUUCCCCUUGAAGGGAUUUCCCUCCGCCUCUCCAGCAAGACCCUUUAUAAAGAGCAGACUUUCUAUUUCACUCACACCAGCCUGGCUGGCCUUGGGAGCUGAACACUUUUCCCAGACACUUUCACGUGGGGCACAAAGAAGGCUUUGGAGCUUCUACUUCGUCACCACAGCAGCGACUUGAAAUGCCUGAGAAGAUGGUCACGAUCUUGGGAGCCUCAACGGUGCUUUGGAUACUGUUUGCAGCCUCUCAAGCUUUUAAACUCGAUAUCUCCCCUCAAGACAAAACGAUGGCUCAAAUUGGGGACAUUUUGUCCCUGACUUGCAGCACCACAGGCUGUGAGACUCCAUCUUUCUCUUGGAGAACCCAGAUGGACAGUCCACUCCAUGGCAGGGUGAGGACUGAGGGGUCCAAGUCUGUCCUGAUCAUGGAUGCUGUCAGUUUUGAGAAUGAACACUCUUACCUGUGCACAGCAACUUGUGGAUCUAAGAAACUGGAAAGAGGAAUCCAGGUGGAUGUCUACUCAUUCCCUAAGGAUCCAGAGAUUCAGCUGAGUGGCCCCCUGGAGGUCGGGAAGCCUGUUAUGGUCAAGUGUUUGGUUCCUGAUGUCUACCCGUCUGAUAGGCUGGAGGUGGAUCUAUUCAAAGGUGACCAUCUCCUGAAGACCCAGAUGUUUCUGGAAGCGAUGGAGAAGAAGUCUUUGGUAACCAAGACUAUGGAAGUCACCUUAACGCCUGACAUUGAGGAUACUGGAAAAGCUCUCAUUUGCAAAGCUAAAUUGCACACUGAUUCUGAGACCAAAGAAAGGGAAACUGUCGAAGAACUGCAACUCUACACCUCUCCCAGGAAUACAGUUAUCUCUGUAUAUCCCUCCAGAAGUCUUCGAGAGGGUGACACUGUGAUGAUGACAUGUUCCAGUGAGGGUCUACCAGCUCCUGAGAUUUUCUGGAGCAAGAAAUUAGAUAAUGGAAAUCAACAGCUCCUCUCAGGAAAUGCAACUCUCACCUUAAUUGGUAUGAGAAUGGAAGAUUCUGGAAUUUAUGUGUGUGAAGGAGUUAAUCUGAUUGGGAGAGACACAGCAGAGGUGGAAUUAAUUGUUCAAGAGAAACGAUUUACGGUUGACAUCUUUCCUGGACCCUGGGUGUCUGCAAAGAUUGGAGAGUCAGUUAUACUGAAAUGUGUUGUUGAUGACUGUGACUCUCCUACUUUUUCUUGGAGAACCCAGACAGACAACUCCCCUGUCUGGGAGGUGAGGAGUGAGGGGGCCAAGUCAGAACUGAUAAUAGAAUAUGCGAGUUUUGAGGAUGAAGACACAUACCUGGUCACUGUGACUUGU